AGAGCGAGAGAAGGAAUUCCGCAGCUGUCAAAGAGCGUGCAGGAAUGUGACGUUGAAGACGGGGAGGUAGUCUGCCCUUUAGCCUCGUUGUUUCCUAAGUAAACAUAACAAUGUGUCUCUGUUCCUGUAACUCCUUAGCUCUUCUAGUCAUGGUUCCGGAGCGAUGAAGGAACGCUGUGGAGCCCGUUGAUGACAUAACUUUACUCGGGUCGCCAUGGCCUCUCUAGCCGUAAGUUCAGCGGCUCAGAGCUUCGAGGAGCAUCGCAAGUCCUUCUCGCUGCUCUUUUACCGGGCUGUGCGGGACCUGAAGCCGGUCUGGAUGCUGGAGGACAUGCGCACGAUGGAGACGUUUUACCAGGAGGGGGACGCCUGCCACAGGACUUACACCCCGUCGGAGGCGCUGCUCUACGCUAUAGUCCACGACCACCAGGCGUACGCGCGCUAUCUACUCACCCGGUACAUCCACGAAGCGCUGGCGAAGCCCGGGGAGCGCUUCUGCCGCUGCCCGUCCCCUGCAUCCCCACACCUGGCCAUGGCCGUCCGCUACGACCGGCGCUACAUUCUCGGCCUCAUCUUGCAGGAGACUCACCGGAUAACCGGCUCGCCCUCUCGCUCCUCCACCUCUUUCUCCUCCUCCUGCGCGGACCGAGCCGGGUGUUUCCACAUGGAGGACGGCCGAACCCCUUUGCAUCUGGCCUGCGAGCUCCUGCUCCCCGAGGCGGUCGUCAUGCUGCUGGGGAGCGGGGCGUCCCCGCACGCCCCGGACCGCGACGGCUUGACGCCGCUGGACGUCCUUCUGCAGAAACUCGGGGAUUGCAGCAAGGAGACGAACGGCGCGGGGAGCAGGAGGCAGUGCCUGGACAACCUGCUCAUGUUCAUGCCGAAGGUUCACUUUAAGAUGAAGGGGGCUCUGAGCAGGGAGCCGGAGCGCUGGAGCGAGGUGCUGGGCGAGGAGACCUACAAGUACCUGGCAGAAAGGAGGCCGGCUCCGCUGAUCCUCUCCGCCAUGCAGACUGUUCUGAAGCAGCUGAGCCCUGCGACCUUCCUGGACAGCCUGCACGAGCUGCCCAUCCCCUCCUCCCUUAAACCACCGGGCCUGCUUCCUGUGACCCAGCGGGACAGGGUGGUGGUGUAGCCUUCAGUGUGACAAUGAUGCAUGCUCCACUAUUUUAGCAUGGUGUGUGUGUGUGUGUGUGUGUGUGUGUGUGUGUGUGGCCUGUAUGGCUACAAAGAGGUAACACUUCAUUAUAGGGCUGCACAAAUACCCAGUCAGGGAACAAAUGAAUAAAUCUUACCUACAGAUGUGACUUCAUACACACUGAUAGGCCACUGACUGACUUACUGUAGGCUGAUUGGAGCGUAGCGUUAGUUUAGCAGUGAAAGAACCAGGAAACAGCCAUAUUCAUUUUUUUACGCUAAUCCAGGCAUUAAUAAGCGGUUUGUUUGUCUAACCUCAUGCUAAAGUGUUACCUACUAAUACCACUGCUGUAGAGCCACUCUGAUGACAGUCAACUAACUGUGUUACUGUUGAUUUUUUAUUUAUUUGGGUUUCAUUUGAAUGUAAUGUUGAAAAAACAAAGUGGUCUUAUAGAUCAUUUAAGAGCAGUCAGGUGACUUGACAACUCUCUGGAUGAUUCUUUUUUAAAUAAAUAUGAAUUCAAGUGUC